GGGGCGGGCUCAGAACGUCCCCGGGAGCCGCGGGGGCUGCGCUGCUGCUGCUGGGUCCGUGCGCCGCCGCCGCCGCCGCCAGGAUCUGAAGCAAGAUGACGUUCGCUGAGGAUGAGGUUUAUAAGUACGUUAAGCGAAACAUGUCCAAGUUCCACGUCAUCCGCGUGGAACAGAUGCUUCCCUUCGUGUCAGCAUCCCUCUCUGUUCCAGAUGUGGAGGAAAUUCGAGCCGUGUUGAACAGCAAGGGGAACCACGUCGCCGUGUGGGACUUCAUCGACUUCCUGAGGCGCCGGCAGGGAUGGGUGGAAGUCUUCAUCAACGCCCUCUAUAAUGCCGACUUUUGGGCGCUGGGAGAGGAGGUGCAGCGGGUGUACGAUGCGGUGCAAGUUCGUCCUGCUGUUCCAUCCUCUCAUCAGGCGACCAGAUCCCCGUCCACCUCCUCGUUGGCGUGCAGCCGGACCCCCCCACCCGCUGAGAGCCCUGGCUCUCGUGGGCCUGGCAUCGCCUCUCCACUGCCCAGGAAGCCAGUGACACCUGCAUCUUGCCCUCCUUCUGUCGUGGCCACUGACAGUGCUGCAGAGGGCUGCAGGGAUCUGAAGGUGGAGACGCCGGAGAAGGUCCCAGAGUGCACCCCAGCUCCUCCGUGGCAGGUUGUCAGUCCCCAGCAAGUGAGAAACAUAUCAGUGGGGGACGUGCAGGCCUCCUACAGAAGCAGUGACCCUGGAAACAUCAGCCUACCUCCCCUGGAAAGCCAGCAGGAUCAUAGGGAGGUGCCAGCAGGACAAGCAGGGCUUGUAGAGCUGGAUAUGCCCAGUGAGCAGACCCAGAGCUGGCCCAGUCGCCAGCAGCAGCCAGUCUGCGUGAACAAUGGGUAUUUUGGGAACAUGAAUCACCUGAGCUCUGGGGCUGGUAGCAGAGCCCUGGUGACAGGCCGAUCAGCACCAAGGGAAGAGCCAACAUCUGCUGAGAGCCCCAGUGCUGGAAGGAACGAGCCGGAAGAGGUUUCCUUUGUCUCCAUUGACUGCUCCCCUCCACCAGCAGGGGCGGCCAGAGAGGGCCAGGGGGACGGGCUGCUGGCUGGAGAUGCGCUCAGGGAGGAUAAGCUCCGGGCUCUGGCAGGUUAUGUGAAUGAGGAUGUGGCAUGCAGCAUGGUGGAUGUGCGCAGCCCUUUGCUGAUUCAGAAGCAGUUCGAUGCGGAGCAGAAACAGGCCCAGAUGCUGCAAGAUGGUGGAGGAAACACAGACCUUCAGCAUCACACCGCUGCCCCUGCUCUUGCAGCUGACCCCCAGCAAGUGGCUUCUACUCCUGUCCCCAGUAAUGCUCCUCUGGCCAAAUCCCAGCACUUUGCUGGCACAACCAAGCUUCUGCACCUCUCUAAUUCUGGUCUUGCUGGGGAGUCUCCGGAUGCCAGCAGCUUCCCCUCUUCUGCAGCUCACUCACCGUUGUUGUCCUCGGGCUCAGCGCGCUUGGCCUGCGACAGCUCCCUGGAUAAGAUGAAGGCUCCGAUCCAAGAGACCAAAUUGCCAGAGGAGGGGAAGAGCAGCAGCAACUUCUCUGUGCUGCCACAGAAGGAGGUGGUUCAGACCCCACAGCCCUUUCCUUCAGAUGUGAAUCUAGCCAAGCCAGAGAUCUCUGGGAGCAUGAGAAACGCCAGGCCACAGAACCCAGCUGGCAUGACCAGAAACACCGUGCCAGACAUCUCUAGGAGCUACCAGGUGUUUUCCAGCAGGGAGGAAGAGCAGCUCAGCAAGCCAGGCACGCUCCUCUCUACCCUGAGCAAGCUCCCGGAGCAGCCAGCACGCCAGCAGCCUGCCUCGCGAGACACAGACCCAGAGUAUUCUGGGAGGUCAGACCGCUUUCUCCUCAGUGACCCCAUCAUGAUGAGCAACUUGAGCACGGCCAGCUCUGACCCUGGAGGCGCCUGCAACCUUCAGCCAGAAGAAAGCCGUUCUUCGUCCUUCUCAAAGCCACGCCAACUUCCUUCGGCAGCUGUCAGUGGCCCUGAGAAAGAUGAGGUUCCCCAGCCUGACCAAAGCUCCUAUCAGUCGGUGAGCAGCAGCUGGGAUGCCGCCGAUGUGAGAACUCACGAGAUCCACCUGACGAGUGAUCCUAGCUUUGAGCUGGGGAAUGCUGUCGACCCCAGGGACGGGGGCAGCAUCUGCAGGACUCUGCCAUUGGCCCCUCCUGACCUGUCUGGGGAACGUCCUAGCCGCGAGGCCGGCAGUAGCAUGCAGCCCAAUGGUCCUUGGAAUCCCCUGGCACCUCCGAGAGAUUCGGGCCACAAUGCGAGCCAGCCAAGAGGAGACGGUGCCGAGGAUGCCUCUCCCUAUUUGGGGCUAGCCAUGGCCGUUGCCUUCUUUUCCAUUGUGGGGUUGAUGCUGUACAAGCAUCUGAAUAAUUAGCAGAGGAGCGCAGCAGGGAGAUGGAAGAACAUCGCUUCCUGUCCGGCCGCCAAGACUUGGGUGAAUGCCACGCUUAGCCGUGUAUGCAGAUGGCUCCUUUCUCUUUCGGCAGCAUUUCAGCCAGCGGCUGUACACCUGAGGCAUAAGAGGGGGACUUUGGGAUGCUCUAUUAAAUCUUAUCCGCAGGGUCGAGUCCUGCCACUUCAGACGCUUGACCCUAUUGGUACUCUACCUGCUUCUCUUCCCUGGUUGCCAUCUUGUAGGCUUCUCUCUCAUACCCUCACCCACCAAGUGAGACCCUCAUUGGAGAGGAAAAUUUGCCCCUCCCUUCUGGCAGUGCUCGAGGUCUGCCCCUGUUAGGGGGUCUCCAUGAUGGGGACACCAUGCCUCUUCGCAAGUCAUCCCACGUGUCUCUAGGGAAUUCCCGGAUGCCUUCCGCCAGCGCCAGGAGGAGUGGUGUGUCGUUUGCCAAAGCCAAUUUCUGUGAACAUCAAGAUGCUGCUGGUCCCCGGUGCGAGGUUUUGCUUGAUGUCAAAACACGGGUAUGUGGGGAGCCCUUAAUGCCUGGCCCCUGAGCCUGAGUCUCCAGUUCUCCCUCCCAUGGUGGGAGCUCAGAGGUGCUCAUAGUUUCAUAGUUGGUAGGGUUGGAAGGGACCUGAGCACAUCAUCAAGUCCGACCCCCUGCCAUGGCAGGAAAAAGUACUAGGGUCAAACGACCCCAGCGAGGUGUUCAUCUAACCUCCUCUUAAAGACCCCCAGGGUAGGAGCCAGCACCACUUCUCUUGGAAGUUGGUUCCAGAUCCUAGCCGCCCUGACAGUGAAGUAGCGCCUCCUGAUGUCUAGUCUGAAUCUACCCUCUGCCAGCUUGUGACCAUUAUUUCUAGUCACUCCUGGUAGUGCUCGGGGGAACAGGGACUCCCCCAGUGCCUGCUGGUCCCCUCUGACUAGUUUGUUAACGGCCACCAGAUCCCCCCUCAGCCUUCUCUUGUGGAGGUUGAACAGGUUCAGGUCCCGUAGCCUCUCCUCGUAGGGCCUGCCCUGCUGCCCCCUGAUCAUGCAGGUGGCCCUCCUCUGGACCUGCUCCAAGUUGUCCACAUCCCUCCUGAAGUGCAGUGCCUAGAACUGGAUGCAGUGCUGCAUAGAGGGGGAGGAUCACCCCCUUGGACCUGCUCGAGAUGCAUCUGUGGAUGCAUGACAAGGUACGGUUGGCCUUCCUGACCGCGUCCCCACGCUGUCGGCCCAUGUUCAUUUUGGCAUCAGUAAUGACUCCAAGGUCCUUUUCUGUCUGCACUGAUGAGAAGCCUACACAGUCAGAUGGAUUGUGAAUUGGCUGAAGGGUCAUACUCAGAGGGUGGUGGUGUACAGGUCAUAUUCGACCUGGGGGGAAGUGGGCAGUGGAGUCCCCCAGGGCUCAGUCCUUGGGCCCGCACUGUUCAAUUUCUUUAUCAGCGAUUUGGAGGACGGGGUGAAAAGCAACCUGUUCAAAUUUGCUGCUGAUACCAAAAUUUGGGGUGAGGUGGGCACGUUAGCGGGGAGGGAAAGACCGCAGCAAGCCCUGGAUAGGUUGCAGGGGUGGGCUAACAAAAACAGGAUGUGUUUCAAUACGGACAAGUGCAGGGUGCUGCACUUGGGCAGUAGUAACUGGCAACACACUUAUAAGAUGGGAAACUCCCUUCUUGAGAGCACGGAGGCAGAAAGGGAUCUUGGAGUCAUUGACACCAAGAUGAACGUGGGCCGACAAUGCGAGGUCACGGUUGGCAGGGCUAACCGGACCUUUCCAUGUAUCCACAGGUGCAUCUCAAGUAGGGCCAAGGAGGUGAUCCUCCCCCCUACGCGACACUGGUCAGGGUGCAGCUGGAGUACUGUGUCCAGUUCUGGGCACCGCACUUCAAGAGGGAUGUGGACAACAUUGAGAGGGUCCAGAGCAGGGCCGCCUGCAUGAUCCGGGGACAGCAGGGCAGACCCUACAAUGAGAGGCUAUGGGACCUGAACCUGUUCAGCCUUCACAAGAGAAGGCUGAGGGGGGACCUUGUGACCGUCUAUAAACUCACUAGCGGGGACCAGAAGGGUUUGGGGGAGACCUUGUUUCCCCCAGCGCCCCCCAGGAUAACAAGGAAGAACGGCCACAAGUUGUUGGAGAGUAGGUUUAGAUUAGACAUCCGUAGGAACUACUUCACAGUCAGGGCGGCUAGGAUCUGGAACCAACUUCCAAGGGAAGUGGUCCUGGCUCCCAUCCUGGGGAUCUUUAAGAAGCGGCUCGAUGCCUACCUGGCUGGGGUCAUUUGAGUCUAGUUUUCUUCCUGCCCAGGCAGAGGGUCGGACCUGAAGAUCUGCAAGGUCCCUUCCGACCCGACUUCUAAGAAGAAAAAAAAGAAAAAAAGAAGGGAGUUCCCCAGCCUGUAGGUGUGAUGCUGGUUCUUCCUCCCCAAGUGCAGCACCUCGCACUUGUCAGUGUUGAAACCCAUCCUGUUCUCAUCCGCCCACCCCUGAAACUUGUCUAGGUCCAAUUGCAGCCUAUUCUUCCCUUCUAGCGUGCCCACAUCCCCCCACAUCUUAGUGUCAUCAGUAAAUUUGAACAGGGUGCUUUUUACCCCUCGUCCAAGUCACUGAUGAAGAUGUUGAACAGCACGCGUCCGAGGACCGAGCCCUGGAGGACCCCGCUGCCCACAUCCCUCCAGGUCGAAAAUAACCCAUCCACCACCACUCUCGGUGCAGCCCUCCAGCCAGUUAGUGACCCAUUUGACUGUGUAGAUGUCGACGCCACAGUCCCCUAGUUUUUUAAUGAGAAUGGGGUGAGAGACAGUGUCAAAGGCCUUCCUGAAGUCCAGAAAGACUACGUCCACUGCUACCCCUGUGUCUAAGGAUUUUGUGACCUGGUCGUAGAAGGCCACCAGGCUGGUCUGGCAGGACCUGCCUCGAAUGAACUCAGCUCCGUGCUGAGCUCUUCUGGCUUCCUGUUUGCUGUCAGGGUGGCAACUUUCCGGUCCUUCCCAUUCUUGGAUGCAAUGCAGGAUCCUCCUCCGUGCUGAGCUCAAUGCGGUGGAGGGUUCUGUGUGCCAGUCAGAUCCCACUCAGUGCCUUCUUUCGAGGACAAAGGUGAUGCUAGGCCAUGUGCCAAGCCCCUUAUGCCCUCUGGGGUGAAUUCCACCCUUGCCUUAUACCUCACCAGUGGGAAUCUGUCCAGGACUGGGAAUGCAGUCAUUAGUAUCUGAUGGCUUUUUGAUUCCUCCCUGUGCAAGGAGUGACCUCUGAUCUCCUGUGGGGCAGCGGUGCGUGUCUUACAGUGCCACCACCAUUGGCCCAUCCUUGGCACUCCUGGCAGAGGGGCCAUGGUUUGAAUGGAUCAUGGGGGAUGAAACUUGCAGCUUGGCCCGGUUCCAGGCUGGGAUGAGGGCUCCAUCCUCUUGCAAAGUCAGGAUCUUUUGUUAGUGGGAUGUCCCCUCAACAUCCAGGAAACUGGCCUGCAGGGAGUGCUGCUGUUUUGUGACCUCUCUCCCUGCCCUGAGCAUACUUGGAUCAUGCCACGCUCCAUGGCCUCCAUCUGCAAGUCGGAUCACUUGCAAGUGAGGGUGAUGCCUGGAGAGGCCAAGCCUCUUCGCUGACUGGCCUGGGUGCGAAACUGUAGAGCUUCCCAGUGUACAGAUUCAGGCUUUCCUUACCUGGGGAGGGAAAAUGAAAGAGCUCCACUCCCUUCAUGGUGAUGGUUAACUAAAGCAUCCUCCAGUUGGACUCUAGGAAUGAGGGGCUGGUCUUUCCGCUAGUGCCUCGGCCAUGGUGAGGCUGUUGUUUCCCUGUUGCAUCAUCUUAGCAUUUAUGGCACAGAGACCUCAGCAGUGAGGGCAGAGCUGUCCCUCGAGCCGUGAUGGCACGAGGUUUCUGCUUUAGCGUCUGCAGCACAGUGACCAGCAUAUGGAUGUGCCAGUCCCCCCCGCCCCUGGGUGCUUCAAAUCACCGUGAUGGCGCACAGCAACACAUUUUCCAGCCAGGGGCACAACAGGCGGUUGCUCAGUCCUGCAGUUUUGCUCCUCUCAUCUAUGGGGGCAUGAGGAAGAGCGGGGCAGACAGCCAGCAAGCGCUCUGCCAUGUGCUUGGCCUCAGGGCCUCUGGCUCUGGAGGAAGGCAGGGAGGUGUGCGAGCAAUACUUCUCUCUGGCCCCCAUGCCUUGCACAGCUGCUGGGCUCCGGAGAUUGCCAAGAACGGUCUCAUUGGGAGACUGGAUGCAGAGACCCACAUGGGGUUUCCUGCUUUCCAGCCCUGGGGACAGCCAGGCUUACAGGUGAGCGUUGGCUGUGUGCUGCGCUCUCUACCCCCCUGCCUGCACCCCAGAGGCAGGGGAGCAGGGUCCCUGGACUGAGCAUCCCCUAGUUGCACCCCUGGGAACCGCUUCAAAAUGAGGUACUUCUAGGCAACGUCUUUACUUAAAUCCAAGAUGAGCGCUAGUUUGUGCGGAAACGUGCAUGUUCUACAUGAGAAAAUACAGUUAACGAUCAGCAUUGGGGCAGCUGCAGGGCAAGAUUCUCCGUGAUGCUGCGGCGGUGGGACCCCCGGAGAAGCCACUUCCAGGCAGUGGAAGGUGAAAGGUUUGGUUUCUUCUGGGUGGUUCAGUGCCUGGGCUCUUAGGUGGGACAGCCAAGGGGGGGCCCUGUUGUUAACUUUGACUGACCCCUUUGUGACACAGGCCUGGGUGGUCCCGGGGGGGUAGAGCUGCCCCCUCCUCCUGCUCACCUCGCCGGCUUGUCAGUGCGGCUGCUGCCUGGGCCUGCAUUGGUGCGGCUCCUUGAACCCAGAGCAGGAACGUGAGCACUGCUUAUCCCUUCCCUCCCCUUGACCAAAUUCAACAGCAGGGGAAGAGGGGAGCCUGAGCAGUGUUCACACUCUGUGGUCCAGAGUUGCACCAGUGCCAGCUCUUGCAGCCCCACCAACGAGCUGCUGAGCUCUCUGCAUGCGCUGUGCAGCUGAGGGGCUGCAACUGCACGCCCCUGACUUCAGCUCUGGUUGAAGGGCCAGGAAGUCCUCCAGAUCCAGUUGAGUCAGGUCGAGGGGCUUUGGGGCCAACACUUUCAUAGGGGCCCCUCGCCAGCUGCCCGGUGGUGAUGGCCGGGGGGACUGUUGGUGCUGAUUCAGCCCAAGGGUGUAUGGAGGAAAGCGCCAUAUGGCAGCGCCAACUCCCAGAGCCGCUUCUUCCCUCUGGCUGGGCUGUGUUGUCUCUCGCUGAAAGGGCCUGUCCUGCUCCUCACCCUUUCCUGCUCUUUGAGUUCUUGGAUCUUGUCACAAAUUGAGCUGGACGGCAGCACAGAGAUCACCCUUACUCCAUGUCCUGGAGUCCCAGCCUCAGCAGCCGGGGGCCCCCUGGGCAGAAGGGAUGUAGGGCCAGGGGAAGGGAGAUGUGAGCGGGAGCAAAGCAUGGGGAGGAGAGGAAGGGGCAGAGCUUCCUGGAGCAGGUCACUGCCUCCCCCACCUCAUUACUGGUGGAGGGUUGGAAACGGGUGUACCUUCCCCGCCCCUCCCAACCAUUCCUUACUCAGGUGGUUGAAACUAGUGGAGGACCUCCCUGGGAGGAGCUCUGCAAGCUGUCCUGGGAGGGAAGGGGAGGUCACACCCUGCUGCAGUCAGGGCUUUGGGUCCUUGCCAUGUAAAAUUACAGGGCCAGGGAAGACUUAAUCUGGCUCUCAGCAGUGACACCUCCUCUCAUAGCAGGAUCCUGCACCGUUCCACACAGCCGGAGGAUCAAACCUGCUCCCCUGCUUGCCUCCACUCUAGCAUUUGGGGUGCAAACCCCCAUCAGAUACACCACUGGGGCAGGGAUCUGAGCAGCACACGGAGGAGGCUGAGCCUAAUUUGCAGCGUGCCUGCGUGCAGGGUUAGCCACCACUGUCUCAGCCAGUGAGGGAUAUGUUUGGCUCUUCAGUGAGACCAGUGAGAUGACAAUGUGCGGGAAGGCAGCUAAAAUUGUGUAGUCCCCAGUGUGUCAGCAUUGAGGGGGAAGUGGUGAAGCCAGGUCAUGAUCGUCAUCAUGCUGGAUGUCUGCUACCAGGGGCAGAUCCAGGGGAGUGCCCUGGCGCAGCUGCCCCUCCUGUUAAUUCCUGCUCCAUCCAAAGUUUAAAACCAGCUGCCUGGUGGUGGCAGCAGCAUUUCUAUUCAGGCAGCAAUGAGCGCAUCAGUUGAAUUCAUGGCUCAUUAAAUUACUGGAUUCCUGCUAAACUCUUUGCUGUACAGGUGUGAUUGACCCUCUCUCCUUGAUGUUCCACUAAUCAAGCCAGCCUCUCUUCUGCAGUUGAGCUGUCUGAUAGCGGCUCCUGGUAAUACAGCUCCUGUUUCACAGCUCUGCAGACUGUUUUUAAUUCAUCCAGUAAAGUUAUAUUUGUUUUUGCUUUGAUCUUGAACUGAGUAUUACAGCCCUGGGGCUCUUGCAUAUUAGUAAAGCUUCUAGUUUCUUUUCACCUGGAGAAAAAUAUGUGCUGUUAUAUGCAAUGAUGACACACCUCAUCAUCUACACCUCCCUUCUCCAAAUCCUAGAUCCACCCAUCUCUGUUACUGCUCAUGGCCCUUACCGACCUGCUCUGUAAUGGUAAAAAAAUAGAUAGUAACCAUUCCCUCCCCUCCCAGGGACUAGAUUUCUAAAGCCAGUAAAUGGCUUCCCACUGUCCCUACUGGGAUUUCCAAAAAAAAAAGCCUCUUGAGGCACCUUAAUACCUGUGCGGGUCUCAGCCCCGGUGUCCCCAGUGUUUUGUGACUCCCACCUGGUUUACGAGAUGGGUUUGGUCUUGCAUCUUAGCAGGAGGGUGGGCUGGGGUCUAGCCUGACUCGCAUCGGCAGUGGAAUCGCAGGUCUGCAAAUUGCAAAUGAUACUCGAGCUCAGCUGGGGUUGCAGGGCUGGCAGAGAGAAGCCCUCUCCUCACUCCCAACUGGAGCAGACUUCGCUCUCGGGUGAUUGAGGCAGUAACAUGGGAGCCCAUACGGCUGUGCUGUUACACAGUCACUUUGCAGCAUAGAGCUGGGCUGUAGACGUUUGUACUUGUGUAGCGCCUCUGAAAAUUUCUGUGCAUCUUCCACACGCGAAUAAAUUCUGGCUCCCGUUGGCUGAGCGAGGUGUGCAGCUGUUAUCCCCCUUCAGCAAUCACUGGGGCUUGUCCAACGCCACAUACCAGGCUUAGGAAGAGAGCCCAGGAGUCCAGACUCUCAGUCCCUCUUUCUAAGCAGUAAGGCAUGCUCUGAAAGCUCCCUGUGUAAGGAAAUGCAUAUUUUUUCUAGAGUAACUUCAUUCUGGAAGCUUUUCUUUAUUCCCAAAUGGCACAAACAUCUCAAAUCUUUUACUUCUAAUUAUGAGAAACUGAUGUUUGUUACCAUAAAGAGGGAACUCGGAAGGGAGAGAUCAAUUCUUUGGCAGCCAUGGAUGAGCUUUGCAAAGGAGAGAGUGCAUUUGGCCAUGUGAAAGCAAGCUGAGAUGUUAAAAAUCAAUGUGCUAAGGAGGUGGAGUGUAUAUUUGUCUACACAGUGACUUUCUCCAACAUAAUUCACAGCACAUCCUUGGAGUGGCUCACGCUCCACCAGUCAAACAACUCUUCAGACCAAGUGCCAGACUCCUCUCAUCUUUGCUUCCUUGCUCUUUUUUAAUUGUAUUUUUGCAGUCCUUUGUAGUCCGCGGUUAUUUUUGCAGGAUAGAUAUAUUUUCAAUGAAACAGUUGCUUUGUAGCCGCUGAACAUGGUAGAACUGCAUGAGUGCCUUUACUUUGGGCAGCAUGAGAUUUUAUUUUUUCAUACGAGGCUGCUGUAAAGCCACCGUGAGAGGUGCCUGUCAAGGGGAAGCCGUGCUCUCACGAUACGAGUGUUUUCUAAGAUGCCUUCGCAGGAUAAAUAACAAUAAAAUAGUUUCUCAAGUUAAA